UCUUGGACAUUAAAACAACCCGUGUUUUUCCUCCCCAAUACAACCGGAUCGGUAUCGGGGGACAAACGAUACACCGCUCGCUUUGCCGAACCAUGGGCCAUCCAACGGCUGCCGUGUCGGCGACGAAUACCAACCUCGCCACCACCGAGCGGAGUGAUAACCCUAACAAGGCGAUCGAGCCGUCAUCCGAAGCACAAUCCUCCCAGAGCGACUCCGAAGAGAAGGUCGUGCCACCGACGCCCGCGACAACCGCUGCACAAGAUCGAUCCAUAUGGAACAAGAUUCACAGCAUCAUCUACUGGACACCGCCGAAAUGUCGCUGGGACCCGGACGAUCCGCCGAAGUUCACGUUGGCGUUGAAUACACUGUUUGCCUUUGCGGGAGCCUUCACCGUGGCGAAUUUAUACUAUAAUCAUCCGAUCUUGAAUAUCCUGGCGGCAGACUUUGGUGUUCCGUAUGUCGAGGUCGCGAUCAUUCCUACAUUGGCUCAGGCAGGCUAUGCUACCGGACUCUUGUUCCUGUGUCCUCUGGGCGAUGUCCUGCCGCGGAGGCCGUUCAUCCUGUCCAUGGUCUUUUUCACGGCGACGGCAUGCAUCGGUCUCUGUGUGACGAAAUCUCUAAGCGUCUUCUCCGCCUUCCAAUACAUCAGCGCUGUGACGACCGUCACUCCGCAACUCAUGAUGCCCCUGGUCGGCGACCUCGCCCCGCCCCGCCGUCGUGCCUCCGCAAUGUCCAUCGUCGCGAGCGGGCUGAUGCUGGGGAUCCUCCUCGCCCGGCUGCUCUCGGGGAUCAUCGCAAACUACACCUCGUGGCGGGUGAUCUACUGGCUGAGCGUGGCGGCGCAAUACACCAUCUUCCUGCUGCUCUGGCUGUUCAUGCCGGAUUACCCGUCGACCAACCCCGAUGGGAUGAACUAUUUCAGGAUGCUCUGGUCCAUCGUCCUCAUGGUCGGCCGCCACCCGGUGCUCGUGCAGGCGUGCGGAAUCGCCUUUUUCGCCUCGGCCACCUUCACCAAUUUCUGGACGACCCUGACAUUCCUCCUCGCGGGGCCGCCGUAUUACUAUACGCCCGUGAUCAUCGGGCUCCUCGCGCUCGUCGGGAUCGCGAGCAUGCUGUGCGGGCCGGUCUACGCGCGCUACGUGACGGACCGGUUCGUGCCGUGGUUCAGCGUGUUCCUGGGGAUGGUGUGGUCGAUCAUCGGGAUCGCGGUCGGGACGUACACGGGGACGUUCAGCGUCGCGGGGCCGAUCGUGCAGGCGUUCUUUGGGGACUUCGGGAUGAUCACCGCGCAGAUUGCGAACCGGUCGGCGAUCUUCGCGGUCGAACCGACGGGGCGGAACCGCGUGAAUACGGCGUUCAUGGUCUUCACGUUUGCGGGGCAGCUGGUGGGCACGUUUGUGGGAUCGCAGCUGUAUGAUCGCGGUGGGUGGAUCGCGAGUGGGAGUUUUAGUAUGGGGAGUAUCGGGAUGGCGUUGCUCAUCACGAUGGCGAGGGGACCGUGGGAAGAAGGUUGGGUCGGAUGGCACGGCGGCUACAGCAUCCAAAAGCAAAGCAAAGAAAGCGCGGACGGCCGCAUCAUCGAAGCGAGAAGCCAUCUCGCGAAACGGGAACAUACGGCGCUGGCAGCAGAAAUCGAGGUCGAAAAGGCUUUGCCGCCUGUCGAUCAACACGAUCAUACGUACGGCCACGACGAUAUGGCGGAGGUGAAUGCCAUGAACUCCGAUAAAUCGUUGGAGUUGGCGGCGGCGAAGGACUACUAUUAUCGGGAAGACAGUGAGAAGACUUCGACGAAUUCGGAGGGGCGUGACGCUGCGAAUAGAUGA